AUGGAGGCAGCGGGCACGCGCAACCGCUCCUCCGCGCGUCACGGCGCGGCGGUGGCGUUCAGCGGAAGCGUGCGCCGAUGGCGGAAGCAGUGGACCGCCGUGGGGCCCACCCGCCGCCUGCUCGUCCUGAGAUGGACGCCGCAGCCACCCCGCCCAACAGAUGCAAACUGCCUCGCCAUUCGUCGAAAACCAAAGUACAUUCCGGAGGUUCGGCUGCUUGCCUUGCAAUCGCCUGGGGGAGGGACGAGAGGGGAGGCAGGAGCAGCAACGAAUAUGGGGCUUGGUGGUGCUGUGAAGGUUGCAACACAGGCCCCCGGGCAUGGGGUUGGGGGUGCUGGUGGGGGCGUAAGGAUGCGUGGGGGAGGAGAUGGGGAUGGGGAGGAGAAUGAGGAGGAGGAGGGUGGAGAGGCAGUGGGUAUGGCGAUAGAUGUUGAGAAAGGGGAUGGAGGGGGAGGGAAGGGGGGAGAGGGAGGGGAAGAGGAGGAAGAGGAGGUGGAGGAGGAGGAGGAGGAGGAGGAGGAGGAGGAGGAGGAGGAGGAGGAGGAGGAGGAGGAGGAGGAGGAGGAGGAAGAGGAGGAGCGGGAGGAGGAAGGUGGACAGGAAGGGGAGGAGGAGGUGGGGGGAGAGGAGGAGGAUGAGGGAGGGGAGGGUGAGGAUCAGGAUGGGGAAGAGGAAGAGGAGGAGGAGGAAGAAGAAGAGGAAGAGGAGGUGGUGGGUGUGGAAGGUUCGACUCCCAUGAUUGAUGAUACAGAAGCAGAAGAGGAGGCAGAGGAGGUGGAGGAGGAAGUUGAGGAGGGAGGUGAGGAGGGAGGUGAGGAGGGAGGUGAGGAGGGAGAUGAAGAGGGAGAUGAGGGUGGGGAGGAAGAUGCGGGUGAAGAGAACGAAGGGGAAGAGGAUGAAAAUGAGGGUGAGGGAGGGGAAGGGGGGUUAGAAGGAGAGGGAAGAGGGGAUGGAGAGGAGAAUGAGGAAGGAGGGAUUGGAGAAGAGGAAGAGGAGGAAGAGGGAGAAGAGGAGGUAGAGGAGGAAGAGGAGGGGAAUGCACAAAAAGGGUAA